AUGAUCCUAGUAUGCUACUGCCUCUCGGCGUUCAAAUUCGAUCGUGCGAAAUUGACGAUCAAUCUAGCGGCUUUCCCGCAAGGUUGGAUGGAGCAGUCUGCUAGUACCAUCGCCGAUCCUGUACAAACUGUUGUGAUUUACAAGACCUUGAAGUCGCUACGUAUCUCCUCCGUAUUCAACUUCUUCACACGAAUGGGUAUCAACGUCACACUGUGGUUCAAACUUCACCGCAUCACAAAUUUUAUGAAUAAUCCACGAAGCCAAACCAGUAGUAUAUACCCGAAGCGAAAUCGAGUGGCAGCGUCUUCUCUUGUGGUCUUCACAUUGCUCGUGAUCGUUUACGUAGAAGAGAGCACAAGAACAUCAGCUAGAGCUUGUUAUCCGCAUCCCGAGUGCGUCAUGAAUGCUCGACGCUGGAUUAUGCUGGAAAAGGAUUCACUUACGCAAUGUCCGUGCUUAGCACUCAUUGACAAUGAUAUAGCACCAAAAACGUAUGCUGAGUGGAUGAAUCCAAAAAACGUGACGACCAAAGUCGCACAGUUGGCCACUACGGGCUUUCUCCAGAUCGUUCAGCUCACUAAUCGCAAGCUUGAGGUGAUACCAGAAGAAUUGCGAGGUUGCACUGAUAUGAGAUACAUAUCACUAGUGUACACACACACGCAAACGUUUCCAGUAUGGAUUCACGAGCUAACACAGCUCGAAUAUCUACGUGUGGAAGGGAAACCAACAGUUGGUCUAGUUAGCCUCCCUGCUGACAUGUUUGACGAAAUGUCGUCGCUUACAACUCUACAUCUUGGUUCAAAUGUGGCACUCACGCAACUACCAUCAUUUCACGGACUCACGAGUCUCAAGAUGCUUGCUGUAGCGGUUUCUUUGUCGCUACUGGAACUGCCUGCGUUUGAUAGUCUUCACAAGUUGGAACGUCUUUUGUCACUAUUGACCGAGGGAUGUGGUGUUGCAAUGGUUUCCUUGGUGAAUGUGACCUCCAAAAUCCGUUGUGUGGCGUUCAUCCAGUCUGGGGAUCUCCAGCAGCUACUUGCUUACCAGCGAACAGAACAGCGUCACGUGCCACGCUUGAUGCGAUUGCAAAGUUUUCCAAAAGUGUUUGUGGUGGAUUGCUCCGCCCUACUGACGUUCAAUCUCCUCCAACUGAGGAAACUAUGGCAUCGUGUGGCGGGAUAUUGUAUCGUCAAUGUGAGCUCCCAGGCAGUCCAGCAGCAAUUUGCUACAAUGCACGAUUCAUGGGAAUCGCUUGCACGACUAGCGUAUACCCAAUUGAAAUGCGUCGGCGUCAGAUUGCCCAAGGCGUGGGCGAUCCAUGUGAUCCCGAAUAUGAAGCGUGGCUUGGUUGCAAGUGACUUAGCAGGCAACUACUGA